GUCUCGCUUAAAAAGCGGAUGUGCGCUGCAGACCGGCAGAUGAGCCCGGCACGGCGUUGAGAGGAUACCCGAGCGGCAUUUGAACGGACUAAGCUUUGACCCAGACUAACAAAGGCGUUCCUUAUUAUUUUAAUUCUCUUUUAUCUCGGGACUUGUCCGCUUCGGUUCCUGGUUAGUUUUCGGUUCUCCAGCUACUAAGGAAUGCCCAGAGAGCUCACGCAGAACAGGAUCCAAAAGAUUUGGGUUCCGACCAAGGAUGACAGGCGUGGAGGAGCGGGCGCUCCCCACUUCGCCAACCCCCCCACGGUGAUCGUGAUGGUGGGUCUGCCCGCCCGAGGAAAGACCUACAUGUCCAAGAAGCUGACCCGCUACCUCAACUGGAUCGGCAUGCCCACCAAAGUCUUCAACGUAGGAGAGUAUCGAAGGGAGGCGGUCAAGAGUUACAGCUCCUAUGACUUCUUCAAACCCGAUAACGAGUGUGCCGUCAAGAUCAGGCAGCAGUGUGCCUUAGCAGCUCUGAGGGAUGUCAAGUCUUACCUGAAGGACGAGGGCGGCCAAGUGGCGGUUUUUGACGCCACCAACACUACAAGAGAAAGGCGGGAUUUGAUCCUCCAGUUCGGCGAGGAAAACGAUUUCAAGGUCUUCUUCAUCGAGUCGCUUUGUGACGAUCCCAGCGUGAUAGCGUCAAACAUCAUGGAAGUGAAGGUCUCCUGUCCGGACUAUCGGGACUGCAACAAGACGGAGGCCAUGGUGGACUUCCAGAAAAGAAUUGAAUGCUACAGAACCACCUACCAACCUCUGGAUCCGGACCAUUACGACAGGGAGAUGUCCUUCAUCAAGGUGAUAGACGUUGGUCGCCGGUUUCUGGUCAACCGCAUUCAGGAUCACAUCCAGAGCAAAAUCGUCUACUACCUGAUGAACAUCCACGUCCAGCCGCGGACCAUCUACCUGUGUCGCCACGGCGAGAGCACGGACAACAUGGAGGGCCGGCUGGGCGGAGACUCCGGGCUCUCUGUGCGGGGCCGACAGUUUUCCGCUGCCCUGGCCCGGUUUGUGGAGGAGCAGCAGCUGCAGAACCUGAAGGUCUGGACCAGCCAGCUGUGCCGCAGCAUCCAGACGGCGGAGCACCUGGGCGUGGCCUACGAGCAGUGGAAGGCGCUGAACGAGAUCGACGCUGGGGUGUGCGAGGAGAUGACGUACGACGAGAUGAAGGAGAAAUUCCCCGAAGAGUUCGCACUGAGAGACGACGAUAAAUACUACUACCGCUAUCCAGCCGGAGAGUCCUACCAGGACCUGGUUCAAAGGGUGGAGCCGGUCAUCAUGGAGCUGGAGCGGCAGGAGAACGUGCUGGUCAUCUGCCACCAGGCGGUCAUGCGCUGCCUGCUCGCCUACUUCCUGGAUAAGAGUGCAGAGGAGAUGCCCUACCUGAAGUGUCCGCUCCACACGGUGCUCAAGCUCACCCCGGUGGCUUACGGGUGCAAGGUGGAGUCCAUCUACCUGAACGUGGAGGCGGUGAACACGCACAGGGACAGACCGGAGGAGGUGAGGCGGGGACCUGGAACCCUGAUCAGGAGGAACAGCAUCACCCCCCUGACCAGCCCUGAGUCCCACAUCAAGAAGCCCCGCAUCGACGACCUGGACGAGGCGCCCAUCCAGGAGCUGCCCGGCUCCGUGGCGUCGCUGGCCCUCUGCAGCUCCUCCCGCCUCCCCCUCAGCCUGGCUGGACAGCACUGGCUGGGCAAAGUCUGCCUAACCUGAGGAGCCCGGCUGGUUGCCAUGACAUCCUGCAGCCGUGUCAGUGAAUCUACAGCUCUGUGUCACGAGGCGAGGAGACUCGAAAGCCGUCAACACUACCGCGGGUUUGAUCUCCUGUAGCAUCUCUUCGUCAUCCGACGACACCAACUCUCCAAUUUUGUCACUGUUUUCUCGAUUUCCAACCCAUUUAUUGAUCCAGACUGAGAAUGAACUGAUCCAAGUCUCCAGCACUCCCAUCAUCAACACCAAAGACAUAAGUCUGAUUUGAUUUUUGUUUUUUUGAAAUUGAAUCCAUCCAAGUGGAUGACUUUCACCCUUCAGAUGCUGACAUGCUCCAAACAGGCAGAUGUUUGCACAGCUGUAGUCCCCAUGUUUUUUUGUUUUUGUGUGGAUCAUGUCACCUCUCUGGUGUGCGGCGGUCGUUGCCAUAGAGUGCCUGUAGAGCUUGCCCUGCAAGCCCCGCCCUGCUGCUGGCUCUCGCCCAAUCUCUGCUUAAACGCUGGAGAACGUUACAUUUCACUUGGGUUUUCAGUAUUUUCAGUUUAUUUAUAUCUGUGGCACCACAACGCAUGAAAAUGAUGCUGUCUGCUGCACAACCAAGCACCUGUACUUUGUGUUUUUUUGUUAUGACGCUGCGUGUUAAUAAUAUCUGUAAAUGUUAGUGGGAGGAUGUGAGUUAAUGACUGAAACUUAAGGGAUUUGUGUGUUUUUUCUAUUUGUACUAAUGUGUUGGUACUGUCAGACGGAUUUGUUCUCAUUUCUGAUGUUUUGAAGGACUUUUUGUAUACUUAUUUAUUUUUAUGUUGUACACAUUUGAUCCUUUGGGGAGUCUUUGUUUUACUGAGGGCUACACAUAAAAAUGUUUGUACAUUUUCUUUUCUUUUUUUUUUU